AUGGGGAGCGUGGGGGAUAUGCUGGUGGCUGCCGUAACUGCUUUUCACGGGAUUGACCCCGCGUCCGCCCCAGCGGCAUCGCCGCCGGAGGGAAAAGUGUUUCUGCGCCCCGGGGUCGUCGCCGCCGCUGGAUGGGGUGUCCCCGCCGCCCGCCUGGGGCUGCGCGCUCCUGUUGCACCCCGGGACUUCCUCUCUUCCCCCCCUGCCCUCCUCGGGACCGGGCUGCCGCCUUCUCCUGCCCGCACCGUCCCCCUGCUGCACGUUGCCGUUCCCUUCAACUGUGUCUGCGCUGGGACGCGGCACUGUUACUGCCGCUCCGCGACGCUUCGGUCCCCACUUCCUCGUCCCUGUGAAAGGACCAGGGGAGCCUUCUCCGUGGUCCGCAGAUGUGUAAAGAAAAGUUCAUCACAGGAAUAUGCUGCAAAAAUCAUCAACACCAAAAAACUGUCGGCCAGAGAUCACCAGAAACUGGAACGUGAAGCUCGAAUCUGCCGACUUCUAAAGCAUCCAAAUAUUGUGCGUCUCCAUGACAGUAUUUCAGAAGAAGGUUUCCAUUACCUCGUCUUUGAUCUGGUUACCGGUGGGGAGCUCUUUGAGGAUAUCGUUGCCAGAGAGUACUACAGUGAAGCAGAUGCCAGCCACUGUAUUCAUCAGAUACUGGAGAGUGUGAAUCACAUUCACCAGCAUGAUAUCGUGCACCGAGACUUGAAGCCUGAGAAUUUACUACUGGCAAGUAAAUGUAAGGGUGCUGCUGUCAAGCUGGCUGACUUCGGACUGGCUAUAGAAGUUCAGGGAGAGCAGCAGGCCUGGUUUGGGUUUGCUGGCACUCCAGGCUACCUCUCCCCCGAAGUCUUAAGAAAAGAUCCUUAUGGAAAACCAGUGGAUAUAUGGGCAUGUGGAGUGAUUCUGUACAUAUUGCUAGUGGGGUACCCUCCCUUUUGGGAUGAAGAUCAGCACAAACUCUAUCAGCAGAUCAAAGCCGGAGCCUAUGACUUCCCAUCACCUGAGUGGGACACUGUGACUCCUGAAGCAAAGAAUUUGAUCAACCAGAUGCUGACAAUAAAUCCAGCAAAGCGCAUCACAGCUGACCAGGCUCUCAAACAUCCAUGGGUCUGCCAACGAUCCACUGUCGCUUCGAUGAUGCACAGGCAGGAGACUGUGGAAUGCUUGAGAAAGUUCAAUGCUAGAAGGAAGCUAAAGGGUGCAAUCCUCACAACGAUGCUUGUGUCUCGGAACUUUUCAGCUCUAGCAGUCCAUGCACUUUUGGGUUGUGGUACAUCCCUUACAACUUCUGUUGCCUCUGAGGGAAGGAUGAUGUCCAGCGACCCGGACAGCACUCCUUCUUCCUCCCUCUUCUUGGUGAUUGAAAGUGGGGGGAGGGGAGGGUCUGAGGAGAUGCCACAGAGCAACAACAAAACCAGUAUAGUAAGCACUGCAAAAGAAACACCCCCAGUGCAGACGUCCAUGGAGCCACAAACAACUGUUGUCCAUAAUGCUACAGAUGGCAUAAAGGGUUCCACAGAGAGCUGUAACACCACGACUGAAGAUGAGGAUCUGAAAGCUCCCCCUCUCUCCACCGGGGACGGCAGCUCAGUGCUUGAAGGACGGAGGCACAGUGAGAGCAAAACACAGACUGAGUCCAUGCAGUCCCAGCUUUCUCUCUGUUUCUCAGCCACUACACAGUCUUGUGAAGAGAAGCUUCUUGCCUGGGACAGCCCAGGGCAGACAUUGGAGUUAGAGCGUGCUCGGUCGGAGCCUUUGCUAACUCCAGUAGUUCCCUUUGUACUUAACCGUGCACCGUUGCGUAAGCAAGAGAUCAUUAAGAUAACAGAGCAGCUGAUAGAAGCCAUCAACAAUGGAGACUUUGAUGCUUAUACAAAAAUCUGUGAUCCUGGCUUGACCUCAUUUGAACCUGAAGCACUGGGGAACCUCGUUGAAGGAAUGGAUUUCCAUAAGUUUUACUUUGAGAACUUACUGUCGAAGAACAGCAAGCCAAUACACACCACCAUCCUGAACCCCCACGUCCAUGUCAUCGGUGAAGACGCUGCCUGCAUCGCGUACAUCCGCUUGACACAGUACAUCGAUGGCCAAGGCCGGCCCCGCACCACGCAGUCUGAAGAGACCCGCGUCUGGCACCGCCGAGAUGGCAAGUGGCUGAAUGUCCACUACCACUGCUCUGGAGCUCCUGCAGCACCUCUCCAGUGAGGAUCAAAUACGGCAACUUGUGGAGAUACUCAGCUGGAGGGCAAUAUCUUCUUAGCAAGCAGCUCUGGAGUGCCUGAGUGACAGCAACGGUCAUGUCUGUUUUGACGUUAAAAAAAAAAAAUACAAAUUACAAACAGGCAGCAGCCAAAUGCACGAAACCCUGCAUGCAUCUGAUGCUCCGGGCGCUGCCUUUCUGUUGUUUUCCAUGGAUCCAUCGUGUCUGUUUCUGCUGUACGAAGGUGUUUUUAAAUCUUAAAAAAAAAAAAAAAAAAAAGACAUAUUGUUUGUAUAAAAUAAUAAAAAACAGGAAUAAUGCUAAAUAAAUGACAGAUUAUCCAACAUGCCCCCUCCCCCAGGGCUAAGAAAAUGGCAGCAGCUGGAACAUCUUUCAGAAAUGAAGUGAGGGGGGAAAGCAAAAGUGAAGGAGAGAGAAAGAGAGAGGGAGAGCAAAAAAGGAGGCGGCUUGAGCAGCGGAUGGCUGAACUGUGCUCCACAAAGCCAUGGUGGAAGUUAACAUCGCAUUCAGGCUGUGCUGCGACUUCAACUGGUGAGAGGUGGCGAGGAGACCCCAGAGGAGCCAGUGUGAAGACUGGGGUUCACGCGAGAGGAGACGCUUCUCUUCCUCUUGCCCAGCAGACUGACUUCAGCCUGAGUUUCUUCUGCAAUUUCUGCACAGCAAGAACGCUAUGGAAAGCUGGUUGCUCGGCUGCUGGAUCCCAAAACAGACUUUUUUUUUUUUUUAAAGAAAAAAACCAAAAUGGGAUGUUGAUUUAAAACUAAAGGCGGAAGUAGGGAUUAAAAAAAUGGGUUUAAGUGAAUAUAACUUAAAUAGAAGCUUGCUCUUCAGAGAUACUGGUUUUAGAAACAGGCACUACCUGGCCAAACAUGGAGGUUUGGAGCCAGAUUAUUUAAUU